AUGGCUCCAAAGAAGAAUGUUAAGAUGGACUUGUCCACAUUUUUAUCCGAUGAUACUUUUGGUACUCAAACUGAUUCGUGGGCAGAUGAGUUUGAUCCAUCCAUGUUACAAAACACAAACUCUACUAUAGAUAUUGGUUUCAACCUGCCAACCCAAGAACCAGAAAUCCCAGAAGAUGGUCCAUUCACUGCUAGAAUUUCUGCGUUCCCAGAUUAUUGUACCGAAGAUGACUUGAGAAACUUCUUCAUUGACGGUUUGCACUUGGCAAACCCAGACCAGUUUAUCGAAGAUUUCCGUUGCCCAAGAGAACGUGAUGGCUCAUUGAAGAACUUUGCCUUUAUUACAUUUGCAACUAAGGAAUUGUUGUUGGAAGCUUUGGAAUUGAACGACAAACCUAUCCACAACAAGCCGGUCUAUGUUUCUGUUGCAAAACCAUCAAAGAAUGCUAGAGAACCAAGAGGUUCAAGGUACGGUUCAAGGUUUGGAGAUGAGGAUUUGGAUUGGGGUGCAAGAGGCUCAAUGUCUGCCCAGCCUAGAAGAAGAAGAGAAGAUAUCGAUCUUGAUUGGGGUAGUGCCAGAUCAGGCAUGUCUCAGCCAAGUAUGGAAAGAAGAGAAUUUAGGGGCCCACCAAGAGAAAGAGCACCAAGAGAGGAGAACCUUGAUUGGGGUGCAAGAGGUACCUUACAACAGAACGAACCUGAAAGAAGGGAAUUCAGAGGCCCACCAAGAGAAAGAGCCCCAAGAGAGGAGAACCUUGAUUGGGGUGCAAGAGGAACCUUACAACAGAACGAACCUGAAAGAAGAGAAUAUAGAGCCCCAAGAAAGGAAAGAGCACCAAAGGAAGAUGACCUUGACUGGAGCGCAUUAAGAGGUUCUAAACUACAACAACAGCCUGUAAGAAGAUCAUUCAAGCCUAAAACUGAUGACUUUGAAUGGGGUGCAAGGGGUUCGAUGUUAAAAGAACAAGAGAAAAAGAGAAGUUCUCAACCUGAGAAGAAAGAGACUCCAGUUGAUGGUCCUAAGAAGUCUAUCUACAGUGUUCUAGCAAAUGAAGAUUCUGACGAAGAAGAUGAAGAAGAAGGAGAAAAGCAACAACAACAGAAGGAAGCAAAGGAUUCAUCCGAAGAAAUCACUCAAGCUACUUCGAACUUACAUAUUGGUGAUGAAGCUGGCUGGACAAGAAUCUAA